AUGUCUUUUCACACAGUUGCCAUAGUGAUUGGCACCAUGGUGUGUGGGUGUCUUAACUCCCUCCUUACCAAAUACCAGGAUAAUCAAUGUGUCAAAAACUGCUCAAAUCCCGAUGUGAAUACCCACCAGAACUUCGAGCAACCAGCUAUUCAGACUCUACAGAUGUUCAUCGGUGAGUUGGGCAUUUAUAUUGUGUACUACCUUGUCUACAAGUCACCCUUUUCACGGAGAGCUGAAUAUCAACCGUUGACCGGUGAGACACGGCCUACGCUGAAGAGUCAAAGCAUGCUUCUUGCUAUUCCGUCUGUGUGCGAUAUGUUGGCCACCACAUUUAUGAAUGUGGGCUUGAUCUACACACCCGUCUCAAUUUACCAAAUGACCAGAGGCGCCAUAGUUCUUUUCGUCGCUGUGCUUUCGGUAAUUUUCCUCCACAGAAGAAUAAGGCCUUUGGAGUGGAUUGCAUUGGUAAUCGUCACCCUCGGUAUAGGUAUUGUGGGGUAUUCAGGUAGUCGAGCAGGUCCAGCAAAAACAAACGCAGAGGAACCAGCGCUCGUCAUCUUUGGUAUGUCCUUGAUUAUAGUGGCCGUCUCUCUUCAGGCUGUACAAUUUGUUGUUGAGGAAAAGAUUCUCGCCAAGUACCACUUCACGCCAUUGCGCUUGGUGUAUACUGAGGGCUUCUUCGGCGUUACGAUUUUGACAACUUCUUUGAUUGUUCUUAACUUCAUUAUUGGACUGAUUCAGUCGAAGGAUAAUUUCGCUGACUCUCCAUUCAAUUUGCGUGAGUCGUUGACCCAGACCUUCUCGCUGCGUGAGGUCCUCAUCUCGUCGUUCCUUAUCAUGAUUUGCAUUUCAUCGUUCAACUUCUGUGGAGUGUCUCUUACUCAAAAGCUAUCUGCCACAGCACGUUCGACGAUCGACAGCUGUAGGACGCUUUUGGUUUGGAUUACUGCAAUGGUAUUGGGAUGGGAGUCCUUCAGCUCUUUGCAAUUGUUUGGCUUUGCCACCCUUUUAUUCGGCACCCUUUGUUUCAACGGUGUUCUUCAACCAGAGGAUUGGUCUAUUGUUCCUGACUUCCUCAAGGACAAGGCACACAAAAAUGAACGGCUCAUUGAUGUUGUGGACGAGCCAUCUUUGAGAGCUGUUCCCGAAAAGACAAACCCUUCCUCGAUUUCCACCACUACCUUCGGGGAUGCUUCUGAGAACACACCAGCUUUGCAGGAUACCUUGAGGGCACAAGAAGGACCAUUGAAUAUUGCCUCCCAGCUUAAUAACCGUCAUCCAUUGGAGUCAAGAAUUCAAAAUUGGGAGAAAACCCAACAUGAAACUAGAAUGGAGACUUACAGACGUGUGUUUGGUGCUGGUGAACCAAUCCGUAGAACCAUGGAGAUGGACCUUGUCGAGGCCACCGACUUCAAACCACAGGUGCUUGGUGGCGCCGACACUUUGCAUAAAGAUAUCUUGAUGAACAGAGAAAGUACAGUUGAUUGGGAAGAUAUCUACAAGGGUGGCUUUGAGGCUGGCAGAAACGUUCCAGACUUCCACAGUGAGAUGGAGAAGAAACUUGGAAUCUAA